AUGUCUCUGCCAUUCUCAAAUCAACCCCCCGCUGAGCGGAUCCCCUAUGCUAUCCCCCAAUUGGAGGGUGAACGCAUUACCAUCCCCGGUAGCAAGGGUGUCUUCCGCAUCUUGACUUCCUCAAAGCAGACUGAUGGCUUGAUGGCCGUUUUCACAAGCGGUGCCACUCUUUCCGAUGCUCCCGGCUUCCACUACCACAACAAAGCCCACGAUGUCUUCUUGGUGACCAAGGGAUUCCUUAAGCUGUACAACGGAGACAAGUGCCGGAUCAUGGGUCCCGGUGACUUUGCCUAUGUCCCACCGCUCGUCGUUCACAUGCCCGACAUGAUCGGCCCACACACCGAGCUCCAAGGCCUCAUUACCCCCGGUGACUGGGUCGACUUCUUCCGCUAUGUCUCCGAGCCCUACGAAGGUAUCCUGUGUCCCGAGACUGAUGACCGGGACAUCAAGUCCCUCCUGAUCCCCAAGGUGAUGGCCGCCAAGGGCAAAUUCGACGUCGUCUUCCAGCCUCACUACCAGCCCCCCGAUCUGGGCGAGUGGACCAAGGACGACGAGAAGCUUCCCGAGGGAUCCGAGGGUUACUUCCUCCGUGCAAACACUGGUCCCCGCUGGAUGUUGGGUGGUGUGAUGUCCCGUCCGUUUGUCACUACCAAGCAGAGCAGCGGGGUGUGUGCUAUUUCCAGCAUUGAGUCAUCUAAGGAUUACGGUGAAACUGCGCUCUCCAAGUUCAUGACCUUUAACAAGGUUGACCACUGCUUCUGUGUGAUGGAGGGUUCUCUCAAGGUCCGUCUGGAGGGCUCUGGAGAGACCAUCUUCCGUGAGGGUGAAACCGUGGUUAUUCCUGCUGGACAGGCAUUUGCGCUGGACUUUGUGAGCAAGUAUGUCAAGGUUCACUCCUUCGCUGAUGGUGAUGGUAUUGAGACCCUCAUCCACGAGCUGGGUAAGCCCGUGGAGGGUGUUGUCUUGCCAGACCAGGCUCCUGAGUGGGACCCUUCACAGCUAGCGUCAGUGGCGGAGCGACUCAACGUGACCUUUUAA